AUGAGAAGAAAGCGGCACAAGAAGGCGAAGAAACCACGUAGUCAAUCUUCUUCAACGACAUCAGUUGAUAACUCACUCCCAACUGAUCUUAUCUUUGAGAUAUUCUCGAGAUUACCAGCAAAAUCGAUAGCAAAGUUUCAUUGCGUCUCAAAGCAAUGGACUUCCAUUCUCGACCGUCCAGAUUUCACUGACCAUUUCUUGAAGAUGUCUUCUUCCCGUCCUUGUCUCUUGUUUACUUUCAAAGUCGGUGGUAAGUGGCUCUUCUUCUCCGCACCUCAGCCUCUAAAUCCAGACCAGAACUCAUCUUCUUUAGCCGUCGAUGGUCACAUGUCUUCCCCAACCAUAACAUGUUCCCUUUAUAUCCAUGCCCCUGUCUGUGGCUUUCUCUGUGCUAAAGAUCUAUGGCUCGGAAGUGGUUGUGAAGAUCCAAGGGGCAUGAUAUACAAUCCUAGCACAGGUCAGUUUAUAACCUUACCUAAAGUGAGAACAAGGAGGGUUGAUGUGAGAACAUAUUUUGGGUUUGAUCCAAUCAACAAACAGUUCAAGGUAUUGUGUAUGACGGUUUGUAGAAAGCCUCGUAAAGAAACUGCGGAGGAAUAUCAAGUUCUGACAUUAGGAACUGAGGAGAAACUGUCAUGGAGAAUGAUUGAAUGUUCCCUACCCCAUAAACCGAUGUGUAUGUGUCGUGGUAUAUGUAUCGAUGGAGUUUUGUAUUAUUGUGCCUCUUUUGAUAAAUUGUCUCCAUUUUCCUAUGCCAUAGUCUGCUUUGACGUGAAGCAUGAGACGUUCAGAUUUAUUGAAAAUGUUCAGAAAACGUGGCUUUCGGUUCUGAUAAAUUGCAAGGGUAAACUAGGUGUGCUUUGUUGCAAUGAUGGUUUAGGUAUCAGUAGAAGGACUACAAGUCUUGAGUUACAUGUUUUGGAUGAUGUUGAGAAGCAGAAAUGGUCAUACCACAGCUACACAUUGCCGCCUCAGUUGGAGAAUCUAUUUGUGGGUGAUAUCAGCUUAGGCAUUGUCGGGAUGACUUGUAAUGGUGAGAUUGUGUUCUCUCAGCGUCGUCUGCAUGAUCCUUUCUACAUUUACUACUACAAUGUGGAGAAGAAUACCAUCGUAAGAGUUAGGAUCCAAGGAAUUGGACCCGCCAAGGGUCAAUGGAUUUCUACUUUUAUAGACCACUUAGAGAAUGUGAAGCGUAUGCGUGAGUACUGGUUUUGA